UUUUUAAAUACAGGACGGAAUUAUUCUUGGCAACCUUUUACACCACUGAACAAUUGGCAUUCCUUCUGUCGCUGUUCCUUGGUCACCAGAGGACGUGAGGCAGGGGUGUCCAAACUUUUUCCUCUGAGGGCCACACACGGAAAAAUUAAACGAUGCGGGGGCCGUUUUGAUAUUUUUCAUUUUCAAACCACUGCAAAAAAUAUGGAUUCUUUUUUUUAAAUUUUUUUUUACCUUUAGGAUAGGCGCCAGCGCCCCCCGCGACCCCGAAAGGGAAUAAGCGGUUGGAAAUGGAUGGACUCCCAGGGACCAUAGAGGGUCUCCGUCAUUAACAUGUUAAAAAUAGGUCAAAUUAUUUUUUUUAUUUUUCAUGUAACACUUACAGUAAAUCUCCAUAUCAAUUUUAAGUUGAUAUAAAGUUAAAAAAAAACAAAACAAAAAAAACGUUUUAUGCCUUUUCAGUCAAAGACAACUUAGUUUUUUUAUUGUAAAACAGAAAUAUGCAGUAUUUCCCCUAUUGCCCAAAACAUUCAGAAAGCAAUGUUUGAUCUGAAUUAAUUGGAGCCCUAAAAGAUCAAUAAUGCAGGACACCAUUGAUUUAAAGGCCUACUGAAAUUAGAUUGUCUUAUUUAAACGGGGAUAGCAGGUCCAUUCUAUGUGUCAUACUUGAUCAUUUAGCGAUAUUGCCAUAUUUUUGCUGAAAGGAUUUAGUAAAGAACAUCCAUGAUAAAGUUCGCAACUGGAGAAAAGCCCUGCCUCUACCGGAAGUCGCAGAAGAUGAUGUCACAUGUUGAGGGCUCCUCAUAAAUUCACAUUGAUUUUAAUGAAGCCUCCCACAAAAACAGCUAUUCGGACCGAGAAAAUGACAAUUUCCCCAUUAAUUUGAGCGAGGAUGAAAGAUUUGUGUUUGAGAGUAUUGAUAGCGACGGACUAAAAAAAAAAAAAAAAAAACGCGAUUGCGUUGCAUUGAGACGGAUUCAUAUGUUUUUAGAGACAUUUACUAGGAUAUUUCUGGGAAAUCCCUUAUCUUUCUAUUGUGUUGCGAGUGUUUUAGUGAGUUUAACAGUACCUGAUAGUCGGAAGUGUACGUCCACGGCCAGGUGUUGACGCGCAGUGUCUCGGGGAAGUCGACGGCAGCUGUACAGGAGGCACAAGCUCAGCUGAUAUCCGAGUGAAUUGUAUUUUGAGAUGAUCUUUGAGGAAUGGAGGGGGGCCGUUGCGCUCCUAAUGUUCCUCCUCACCGUGUCCUUGGUUGCUGGAGACGACUCGGGCAUCUCAGACUGCGGCACGUCCACUGCGCACGUUCUGUCAGCUGUUGUUGACCUGCAAAGAGCUGAGCAGAACCAGAAACGACAACUGGAGGCUCUGUUCAACAGGUAUGGACAAAAUGGAACCAUCUCCCUGGCGGGCCUGAAGCGCCUUCUCCACAGCGUGGGUUUGGAACGUGUCAGGAGCGUGACCGUACAACACCACCAUCAUCACCACCAACAUGACGACGGUACAUCGCAUGAACCCUCUGACAGACCCAGAGAGCAUCAGAAGCGGAGCAUGGACGCCGGCUCGCAAUUAUUUAGCAACGGCUCUGAAGUUCGACUGCUCGCCGGAGGUCCGAUGCACGCUGUGGGAAACGGUUCGGAUGACCAUCAUGAACAUCGUAUUCUUGAUGACCACGCCCAUGACCAUCAUGAUCAUGAUGACCACGCUCAUGAUCAUAAUGACCAUGCUCAUGAACACCAUAAUCAUGAUGACCACGCCCAUGAGCAUCAUGAUCAUGAUGACCACGCCCAUGAACAUCAUGAUCAUGAUGACCACGCCCAUGACCAUCGUGACAUAACAAGAGAGCAGGUGGACCGUGAUGUUGAGUGUCUGAACGCCUCUAGCAUCCUCUCCUUACACGGGAUGACAAAAGAAGGGGGCGUGACCCUAGCUGACUUCCGGUACCUGUGCCCCACCCUCCUCUACCAGAUAGACACCGGCGCCUGCCUCCUGCAUGAAGGCAAGGGUGAGUUUAAGCACGUGCAUGGUGAGGUCAGCACCACCAUUUCUUCAGACCCAACGCACCAUGGACAAGAUCAAAGCAUCAAGGACAUCACAACAGCGUGGCUCGGCGGCUUUGUGUCCAUCACCAUCAUCAGCCUCCUGUCGCUGCUGGGCGUGGUCCUCAUCCCCCUCAUGGGCAGAGUCUUCUUCAAGUUCCUCCUUAGCUUCCUUGUGGCGCUGGCCGUCGGCACGCUCAGCGGCGACGCCUUUCUGCACCUCAUCCCCCACUCCCAGGGCGGACACCAUCACCAACAUUCCGGGCUGGAGCACGCACACGGCGAGCACGAAGAAAACCUGGACGCCGUGUGGAAAGGUCUGACCGCGCUGAGUGGCGUCUACUUCAUGUUUCUCAUCGAACACUUCCUCACCCUGGGAAAAAUGUACAAGGACAAGAAACAGAAGAAGAAGCAGAACCACAAGUCGGACCCAGAGAAGCGUUUAGCUCUGGAGGAUGACGACGUGAAGACGAGCCAAGACCCGGAGACCAACGGAGGCGGAGUGUUCGCCGACCAUCCGAACGCGGAGGAAGACGGCGUGGCGGAAGAGGAGCAGGUGAUGCUGCAGACCUCGGCGGCGGCGGCGGCGGCGCAGGGUUACACGGACGAGGACUGCGAAAACAAAUGCCACUCCCACUUCCACGACACGGUGGGACAGGCGGACAGCUUGCACCAUCAUCACCACGACUACCACCACAUCCUGCACCACCACCACUCCCAGAACCACCACCCCCACAGCCACGCCCACUCCUACCCUGAGCACCAUUUCCAGCAGGCGGGCGUGGCCGCAUUGGCCUGGAUGGUCAUCAUGGGCGACGGCCUGCACAACUUUAGCGAUGGCCUAGCCAUUGGAGCUGCAUUUAGCGAGGGGUUGUCCAGCGGCCUAAGCACGUCUGUGGCAGUUUUCUGUCACGAGCUGCCUCACGAGUUGGGUGACUUUGCGGUGCUGCUGAAGGCAGGAAUGACUGUGCGCCAGGCCAUCCUGUACAACGUGCUGUCGGCCAUGAUGGCGUACUUUGGGAUGGUGGUGGGCAUCUUGAUCGGACACUACGCGGAGAACAUCUCCAUGUGGAUCUUUGCCCUGACAGCGGGACUCUUUAUGUACGUGGCGCUUGUGGACAUGGUGCCGGAGAUGUUACAUAACGACGCGGGCGAUCACGGCUUCAGCCACUGCGGCUUCUUCCUGCUGCAGAACGCCGGCAUCCUGUUGGGCUUCGGCAUCAUGCUCCUCAUCGCAGUCUUCGAGCACAAGAUCCGGCUGGAGCUGCAGAUUUAAUGGCGAGCAGCUACAUUCCAGUGUUUGUAUUUAUCCUCCAUGAUGAUGUCAUUUCCUGUUGAUUGACGCGAGAACCUGUCUGUUACACCUGAAAGCGUCGUCGCUCCGCCCACUUUCCGAAGCGGAUUGAUAGAUGCCGACAGCCGGGUUUUUGUAGGCCUUCCUCCCUAAAAUGUGAUUAGACUGUUACACUCUCUAUUGUUCUUUGUCCUCUCCCAGCACAGUUCUGGUUCACAUUAGGUCAAAACAUUAUUUUUUAAGUUAAUUUAUUUUGAUGAUUGAGUGACCAAACUAACAUCUUGAUUUUUGCCUUUAUUGGGUCAAGAAGUACAAAAGAAGGUUUUUUAAAGUGCGUACUGUCCAUGUGAAUGCUGCUACUGGUUUGAAGUCUAAAUGGACCGGUCUUGAUACCACCCACCAUUUAAUGUUUACUUUGACUGCGGCCAUUUAAACGGGGUCGGAUCCACAUUCCUCCACACAAAUAAACAUUGGCUCUCUGUCAGAGCUCCCAUUGA